CAACCUCCCAGACUUGUUGCAUGCUGGGAUUGAUAUUUAAUAGUGUUGGGAAAAAAUGCAAGUAAUUAGGGGACGGGGUUGGUGAAUUUUGCUUUUAUGGUUGUGUCCGUUUUAUUUUGCCUUGGGAGUUGGCGUCCGCCCUACCUUUGUUUGUGGGCUGUGUAUGCAUGUAUCUCUGAGCCGGCAUGGUGGACAACACAGAGUCUGUGACCAGCAAUACGGCGCCCAUGCCCGUUUCUUGUCUACUCUUCAGACCGGGGUAUGAGGAUGUUGUACAUUUUGGGAAACGUCUUUCAAAUAACACAUGUUUCGUUUGUAGGAAACCUUCUCAUGAAAAUUAACAGGGGUUCGACCGAACAGCCUGGCUUGCUGACUGGAGAAGGAUUAAACCUGGUUCUGAGUGGAAGCUCUCAGAUCCAUCACCAGGGAAUGAAGUUGGAAGCUGUGAUGGAGCAUUUACAAAGACAGCAGCAGGCCCGAUUGGAGAUGGAGGGCAGGGAGAGGAAGGACCGAGGGAUCCGGGAAGCCCACAUCUUUUACGCUCAGCAGUUUGCCGCUCAGCAAGCUGCAUUGGCCGCUUCCUCCAGGUCACCCCCUGGGACACUGGGCAGCAGACCCUUGCCUGCCGGGCCCAGCCUCCCGCGGGUAACCAAUAAGAACAGCAUGGAUUCUGAUCCCGAAGAUGACGCCUUUGAGGGCGAGGACCCGGGCAGUGAUUUGGAGGAUGAGGAGAUGGCGAGAGGAGGCCAUGAGGAAGAUGAAGACGACGACGAUGAGGAGGACGAGGAGGAGUAUCUCAGGAAACAGGCAGCUCCAGCUGUGCCGCCUCCAAGGCUCCCACCUGCCCACCGUCCAUCUGUUAGUGGACAAUCCCAGCAACCAGGAAGCACUCAGUCCAUUUCGCCAAGUCAAGCACAUUCAAAGUCACCCACUAGUCACCAUGAAUGGGGUUACGAAGAACAGUUCAAACAGAUGCAACCUUCUGAUUGGAUGGCAAAUGACCAAUCAGAGUCAGGGGGAAAAAACUCUUUCCGAACAGCCAAUGUGACAGUUCCCCACAUUCCUGGCACUAUUAAGCAGAAUGGGAGUCUGGCCUGGAAUGAAGACGCUGAUGGCGGACGAGCAAGAGAGGCUGCCAAAGACUUCGCCAAGCUCUAUGAACUGGACAGCGACCCCAAGCGGAAAGAGUUCCUGGAUGACCUGUUCGUUUUUAUGCAGAAGAGAGGAACCCCAGUGAAUCGGAUCCCCAUAAUGGCGAAGCAAGUGUUAGACCUGUACAUGUUGUAUAAGCUGGUCACAGAGAAGGGCGGCCUGGUGGAAGUGAUCAACAAGAAGAUUUGGCGGGAAAUCACAAAAGGUCUCAACCUACCUACCUCAAUUACCAGUGCAGCCUUUACACUCAGAACACAAUACAUGAAAUACCUCUACCCGUAUGAAUGUGAAAAACAAUCACUCAGUUCGCCUGCGGAGCUCCAGGCAGCCAUUGACAGCAACCGCCGAGAGGGCAGAAGGCCGAGCUACAGCUCAGCUCUCUUCGGCUACUCUCCCAGCUCAGCUUCCAGCCUUCUGUCCCCUCCCAAGGUCCACCUGUCAUCCAUCAACGUUCCCGCCAGCAAUGGUACUCAUCUCUCUCCGGGACAGGUCAUCAAGAAAGAGGACACAACAGCAGCCUGCUCCCUGACGCCGAGCCGGAUCCACAUCCCCCUGGCCCUGGGGGGCCACCAUUCCGCCGCGCAGGCCAUCACCCUGGAGCAGCUGAGGGAGAAGCUGGAGAGCGGGGAGCCCCCGGAGAAGAAGCUGGCGCGAUACUCAGAGGACCAGCAGCGCCUGAUGCAGCAGGCCUUGCAGCAGAACCUCUUCGCCAUGGCAACCCAUGUGCCCAUGAGCAUCAAAAUCAACGGGAAAGAUGAGCGACAGGAGCUGGCCUUGAACUUGUCAACAAAUGGUAUCAGCAGCAUCAACAUGUCUAUUGAGAUUAAUGGCACUCUCUACACAGGAGUCCUGUUCGCUCAGCGACCCACCGUGCAUGUAAUUGCUGGACCCAGCAUUAGUACUCCUGCCUCUCAGAGCACGACCAGUCCUACCUCCGUCAAGGGCCCCGCCUCCGCUGAGCCCUCCACCAGCAGCUCCCCCUGAGGGUGGGCGUCAACCGCUGCAUCAGGAAAAGGACUCGUCCCGAUUGUAUUUUUCUAGAAUCUAAAAAAGGCAGGGAAUUUAAGAAAGAAAAUAAGAAUUGCAAAAACAAAAGAGAAAAAAAGAAAAACCAAGCCAGUAAAUGAUUGCACAGAUCUUUUCAGCUCAAGGAACCUACAAGACUAUUCAUUUUAGAAAAUAUUGCCCGUCUCUUGGGAAGGCCUGUCAAAACCUGGUGUCGCCUUCAGGGGGUCAGAGGGCAAGAGUUAAUUGGACCUGGGUGUGCAGAUGUAACUUCCUGUCCUUAGACUCAUAAAACCAUUAUCAAUUCUUCUCUCUGCAUUCCUAACGGGAACUGCUUAUGCCAGGUUGUCACCCUGCCCCUGCACCCUAAUUGUUGUGGAGGAACCACAGUGCCACCGCAGAUGGGAGGAUGGAAGUGCAGCGUGACGUGUUUACAUAGGUUGUCCCCGUUGUAAAGGUGGGGCCCAGAAUUGAUAAUGGCAACAGCUGACUGGAAGUGCAUGCACGCACAAGAUUAUUAAUAUAUUAUUAUAGAGAUAUGCAGCCGGUUAUAUGUGAUUUAGUUCCACUUGAAUUCACAAAGUGACAGUGUACCGUUUGUUGGCUACAGAUUCAGAAAGGAGGCAUUCCCAGGUGAGACUGAGUCUCAUUAGCUAUGGUCAACUCCUUAAGAACUGUGAGUAGCACCGAAUUUUUUUUGUACUUUUAAUAUAUUAAUUGCGAUGGGAGUCACAGUGAGGGUGAUGGGGACACGGGAGAGUGCAGAUGCUGGAAUCUGGAGCAACACACAAUCUGCUGGAGGAACUCAGUGGGUCUAGCAGCAUCUGUGGGAGGAAGGGAUUUGUCGACAUUUUGGGUCAAAACCCUUCCGUUGACAGUUCCUUUCCUCCCACAGAUGCUGCUUGACCCGCUGAGUUCCCCUAACAGAUUGUUUGUAACUGUGAGGGUGAUGUUCCUGAACCCUGGCCAGUAACUCUUCGAGGAUAUUGAGCCUUGGCUCGAGGGUCUAUGGACUUCAAUGCCCCACAGUACCAGACCCAGUCAGCAGGCUCACGGUGGGUGCUGUAUCUCACACCAAGAUCCUGUCCUGCCCAUGCCUUCCAACUGUACCUCAGUGCAUGGCACUCUUGCUUCUGAGUUAUGGGCGCAGAUGGGACCUGAGUAGAAAAACCUAGGCGGGCCCUCCAGUGCGAUGCCAAGGGAGUGCUGCACUGUCAACAGUGCGGUCUUUCAGAUGUUGAACUGAAGGCCCGUCGGUUGGUCAACGAAGAUCCCAUGACAUUAUUUUGUGGAGCCGGGGAGCUCUCCUGGUGCCCUGACCAACAUGUGUCGACAUCAGUACAGCAGGUGAUCUGGUCACUGUCACAUUGGUACUUGUGGGUGCUUGCUGCGCACAAAAUGGCUGCUGCACUUCUACUGUUUGAGCAGUGAGUCCUGCUCACAACGAGCACUGGUGGCUGUGAGGGGGGGAGGUUUCUGAGAUCGAGGCCAUGGAAAUGGAGCUCUUUCCUUCCUUUUAAUGCCCAUCACACAUGUUCCCCAUUAAGGAUCAGAAAGGGGAGGAACUCUGGACAGAUUUCACUCCCCCGCCCGCCUAGCCCUCCUGAGGGGGCAGGAGUGUGCGCGGGUAACGGGACAGCUGACUACAGAUCCCCUGUGAACACAUGGACACAUCCGCCCAGGUUAACCAGUGCACUUAACACUGAUCUCACAAAGGAGAUAUACAGCAUUUGUUCUUUAAAGUCUUUUAUUGCAUUGGGAUGCAGAGCAAUGAAGGAAGUGGAUGAGCAGAGAGUUUGUGUGAAUCGCGUUGUGGAGGAUAUCACAUGGAGUGAGUAUUAGUACUGGAGGGGCAGGGGUGAAGUAUCUACACGGAGUGGGUACAGUGCAGGACUGCAAGGGUUGUGAGACCCCUCCUCUAUUUUUUUUCGUGAUGUGGCACUUAUGUUGAAAAGAGAGUUGUGUUUUGUGGUGAUCCUUCAGGAGUCAGGAAGACCACAGCGAUUCCUACAUCCGGGUGGGGCAGUGGCACGAUGUGACCCCCACUGACAGACAUUGAGUCGGACAGACCCAGUUCACAAGGACCCUGAGGGUCCGCGCAGUCUGAGCUAUGGUCACUGGAGCAAAAGAUCAUGAAGAAGGAAGCUCAGGGAUAAUAACCUUGAUCCGGGCUGGAGUCAGAAACCAAAAGUAAUGAAAAUAAUUAAUUAACAAUGCAUAUGAAAUUCCUCUCGCACUUGCAACCUUGGUUCUGGCUCGGAUCCUUGAUUAGAUUAGCCAAUGGAAGGGACCGGUCAAUGAUUUCUACCAAUUGCUUCCCUAUUCCUAAACUUUGACCUGAUGGUUUUACCCACCCCCUUCCUUUACUCUGAGGGCCCCAGUAGAUAUCAACUGGAAAAGCCAGAGUUCAAUUCACUAAUGGACUUCAAAAGUAGUUGAUUGGCUGUAAAGUGCCUUGACACACCCUGAAGUUGUGAAAGGUGCUACCAGAAUGCAGGGUUCUUUCAACAAAAAGUCUUGAGGAAAACAUCAGAACCCAAGAAGGCCGUCCUCGUUUCUUCAUCCCUCACAACCCCAGCACACUCCGUGCGUUUGAUCUGGUGCUGGGUUGGGUUACAUAAGCCAACAGGUGGGAUACCUGACACAAAGGGAUUACUGCAAACCUAUCGAAUGGAUGUGGUGAUGCACCUUGAACGGGCUGUCAGCUGAUCAGGUCCUGCAAGUGUGCACACUCACACGGGGGACCUAUAGGUGUUGGUAGUGGCAUGACCUUCCACUAAAUCCCUGCGUGUGUGUGUUGUGCAUAUGUAUGUACACAUGAUGUGUAUG